ACCGACCAGCUGGUAGUUGAACAGGCAUCUUCAAAGACAAUGGUUGAUGCAUCACUCAAUAUCUUCUCUGGUGAUCAAGAUAAUGCACGUUGUUUCAGUGUUAACUUUCUUCAGUAAUUAAAUUCAACAAAAGAAGCUCUUAAUUUUAAGCUUCCAUGAAGUUCAGCUGCUGCCUGUUGAUUCUGGUUCUUAACCUCAGUGUUUUUGCUGAAGAAAAUGUUACUUCCAACCGGACAUUUACCAUGGGAUCAAGGUCCCUGCCUCUCAACAUAUCACUUCUCCCUAUCUUUCAAGUCUUGACAAAAUCUCCAGUUCCUCAGGAUAUCAUAGCAAAAGAAGGUACCUGUGUUAUCAUUGAAUGUAAUUUAAACAUUAGCCAGCAGGACACCAUAUUCUGGUACAACUCAAAGGGGCAUCUUCUGGAGCAAGGUGGAAGAGGUGGAAGAUUGGUGAUCUCUGAUAAUAUCCUCAAUAUCACAAGUGUAAUCUUUGGUGAUCGGGGACGAUAUACCUGCAGUGUCACAAAUGACAAUGGCACUUCUUAUUAUUCAGUCACCCUCAGAGUGGUCUCCACCUCUGGAGACAUGGGCAUUUAUUACAUGAUUGUCUGUCUAGUUGCUUUUACUAUCAUCCUAAUCUUAAAUAUUACACGUUUGUGCAUGAUGAGCAGCCAUCUUCGUAAAACAGAGAAAGCCAUCAAUGAGUUCUUCAGAACUGAAGGGGCUGAGAAGCUACAGAAGGCUUUUGAAAUAGCCAAACGCAUUCCUAUUAUUACCUCUGCCAAAACUUUAGAGCUGGCCAAAGUCACCCAGUUUAAAACCAUGGAAUUUGCUCGGUACAUUGAAGAACUUGCCAGAAGUAUCCCUCUGCCACCUCUAAUCCUUAACUGCAAGGCCUUUAUGGAAGAAAUAUUUGAAGCAGUGCAUGUUGAGGAUCCUGAUGAAGUUGGAGAUGGAGUGAAACAAACCCAAGCACUUGGUGUCCAAGAGGGACUCUAUCCCUUAAACCCAGAAAUAAAGCGCAGCAAUUCACCAGCAGGAGAUUCAGAUGAUGGUUCAGUGAAUGACCACGGCAAAGAAAUAGCUGUGGAGGUAUCUGUCCACCUUCAGUCAGAAGCACAAAGUAUUGAUACUGUUUCUCAGGAUAGUGUCCCCUCCCUGCCAUCAGAGGAUGGCCCGAGGGCUGAAUCCAAAUAGAAUAGCAAAACUACUUGUAUAACGUUCCUCCUGAUUUGGGAGAAUGUUCUGAAAGAGAAAAGGGAAAAUUCCACUGUAGUCGCAGAUGCAUGAUCCCUGUUUGUUUUUUGUUUUAAAUGUUGUUAGAUAACUUUAAAAUCAGCUUAGAUGAAGCUAUUUUAAAGUUCUUAUUAGAAAUAUUAUAACUAAUCUUAGAAGUAUUUUGCAGCAGGAAUCCUUUCUACCAAUUAUAAUAGAGUGGACAAACUUGUUGGCUGGUGUGGUACAGGUUAUUAUUUUUGUGAGAGAAAGAUUGCAGCAAAUAGGGCACUGAUGGCAUAAUAUCAUGAAAAAUAACUGGGGACUUUGUUACAUUUCCCCCCACUUUUUAGUGUGCUAAGAUUAAAACAGGCACAGUACACCUUUGCUUGCUCUUAAAAACUAAAAUGAAGGCUGGUGAGUUAUCUGUUCAUGAGAUACAGCAGAAUAAUACAUUGAUGUGAAUAGUUUUUGCCAUGUCUACUCAGAAACUUAGAUUCUUAUAUAUGCUCAGUUCUUUUAUUAAAAGAACUUUUAUUACAGUUCACAAGUGUACUGUACAAGAAAUUAUAAGGUUCAGGUCUUUGAAAAAA